AUGUCCUCUCCCGCGAGUUCUGCAGGCGGCGACGAGCUUUCAGGCCAGGAGAGGCCUUCAAUGCGGUCGUUCAAUGGUUCUGCCUCAAACCACUCUACUGCCCGUCCCAAACAUCGCCGGCAGCCGUCAUUCCCGUCGACGUGGCCGGCUGGGGAUAGUGAUAUACACAGCGACAGAACGUCGGCAUCUACGGGCUUGCAUUCCAACGCUUCCACCUCCAAAUCGUCCAUCGCCAGUCGCCAACAUGUCAACCCCAACCCUCCUUCGCGGCACUCUAGCCCCCAGGCGAGCUUCAACCUUUCAACGGGUCAGCCGCUCGUCAACCCUCCCCCAAAGACUCAGGCGGCGUUUGUCGGCAAGCUGUACUCUAUGUUGGAGGAUGAGGAUAUCGCCGAGACGGGUUUGAUAGCGUGGUCGGCCGAGGGCACAACGUUUACAGUGCCCAAUCCAACCGAAUUCUCCAAAAUUGUUUUACCGAGAUUCUUCAAGCACAACAAUUGGCAAAGUUUUGUCCGUCAACUAAACAUGUAUUCGUUCGUGAACGACAUCUACUCCACUUCCACCGAUCCUCAAGCUUGGGAAUUCCGACACAACCUUUUCCGCCGCGGCGAGCAGCAUCUUCUCCCCAGUAUCAAGCGGAAAUCCUCGCGGCCCAGCGCGGCCGAGGGAGCUCCUUUGGCGUCUCCCACCGAUGAUUCAGGACCCGAGGUGCCCAAGGCUGUGGCCGGUUGGAUGAGAGAUGUUGGCCAGGCUGGCUACCACCCUCAUCACCACGUGCCAUCACCCAACGCUGCCUCACGCGCCCCUCUCUACCCCUAUACCGAUGCUCCGCUCGCUCCUCCCAAGCUCGAUAGACCGCCUUCCCGCGGGGCGCCCGCUUGGGAUCCCCGACAUCCUGGCGCCUCGCAGCGUAUGCCGCCGCCCGAUAAUCAGGUCCCCGUUCGGUAUCACCCUGAUCCGAGCCGGCCUCCGUUAUCCGCCGGAAGGUAUAUGCCGCCUGGGUAUGCCGAGCCUCCUGUGUACGGGCAUCCGUCGCAGAUGGUGGAGACGCUUGUGUCGCAAGUGAUGCUGUUGGAGGACAAGGUGCAGAGACUCACCGACGUACUCAACAAUGAUAGGAUUGAGCACGUGAGGAAUAAUUUGGACUUUACAAGUUAUUUGUUGCAGAUGGUGGGGUGGGCUGCUGGCGAACAACAUACUCUGAGCCGACAGAACGCCGACAUGCGUCAAAAGUAUGAAGCAUUCAUGGCGUCAGAUGCCUUGGCUAUCAUGGCGAGCGGCGGUGGCGGACGAAGUGAAGAGAGAGAGGGUCGAGAACGGGAAAGAGAGAGGGGAAGAUUUGGCUUUGAAACGCCUCCUCCAUUCGCCUCUCAUCGAUCAGCCGUCGCCGACCCCCGGCUUCCUCAAACGUCACAAUCCAGUGCCAAUAUCCUCCCUUCCGGCCAGCGGCCCUCGUCUCUUCCCUCUGGCCAACACAUUACCCCUCGAACGUCGCCUCUCAACACCAUGUACCCCGAGACGCACCACCUCCCGCGUCCUUCAACUUCAGACAGUAUCCGAGAACGGGAAGCAUACAUGACGGCCUAUCCACCACCUCUUCCUCCUCAUACCCAUCAUUCCGGCAUGGUUGCUGGCUCUCUUUCGGCGGGCCCAAGAGUGCCUAUCAACCCUCCGCCAUUCGGAUCGGGCACGGGCUUAGCCGUCUCGGUGCCCCCGCCCGGGUUCAGGACGGGCGCAUCCACCCAGGAUUCAAGCGAACGGCUGAAGCCUGUGGAGACCAGUCGCGACAGUGAGAAGGACAAGUCCCAUCGAUCGGCGGGAGUGGGGUCAAAUAAAGAGAAGGACAGGAGGAAGGGUGUAGACAUGUCUUUUCCCUCGACGGCAGUGGAAAGCAAGGCCAAAACGGGCUUGAAGAAUCUCCUCAAUUGA